UCGUCUCUGUGUGUGUGCGUGUGUGUGUGCAGGACACAAGCGAGCGCCGAGCGAGCAAGCGAGACUGCUCCGAGAUCAGCAGGCUAUCCUCAUCGUCGGUCGCGCUUCGCUCUCCCCCCGUUCGCUUUGCCCACGACAGUCACACUUUGCGGCUGCUGCACGGGCCAUCUCACGCAGGCUACUUAUAAGAAAAUCCAACGAAAAUCUUUGUACUCAUUUUUUUUGCGUUCGUCUAACCAUCCCCCUUUUGAAUUUUUUUCUCGUUGUCGUUAUUUUUAUCGUCGUAUCCUCUAUAUCUCGUUGGAUUUUUUCAUUAGAUUAACUCGGUGAUUUGGCCUCGACAGACAGCGCCGGAAAAUUUGAUUUUUUUUUUUAAUCGCCAAGCGCACACUCGCACACGCGUUUCUCGUUACAAAAAGCCAGUCGCAGUGUUGAAUAAAAAAAAAAGUUAUCAAAGUAUCGAUCAAAGUUGGAAGUAACAAAAGUAAGAAGGUUGUUGGAUUGUUGACCCUGCGGUGCGCCAAAACAACAGUGAUACACAGCCGAUUAUUAUAUACGCGAGCAUAUUCGCUCAAGCAUUCCACAAAUAAUCGGAGAGAGAGAGAUCGAGCGAGCGCGCGCGAACACGCGACUCGCGAUUGUUUUUAAAAGGUGCGUGUGUCGUGUCGGGUUCGAAGAUUCACUGUGUGUGCUGUGCUCUGCUAUUGCUACCGUACAUCGAAGAGAGAGACAGAUAAGAGAGGCCCGACAAUAUCAUCAAGAAAGCCUAAACUUGGAAGCUUCCCGCACACACCGAGAUUAUACUACCUGCUUUUGAUACACACAGACACAGACACAGACACACUACACCAGCGCCUGCACAUACACGCGUCUAUAUACAUACGUCGCUAGAGUGUAGCAGCAUUAGGACGAGUCACAGAUUUCGGAGCACAGCAGCAGCAGCAGCAGCAGCACAUAAAGUUACAACGGAGAGCAUCGGAGAGCGAGGAUCGACGAAACGUGUGCCUGUGGUGUGGUGGAUAUAAUCUGCCUAUAUCUCUGCGUGUGUGACUGCGCGCGUGCUUGUGCCAUUUCUCCGGUGUCCCGACGACGUUUCGUACUCGUACCUUCUACUAUAUAUAAAAUAUAUAAAAAAUAACAAACAUCGGAACGGGGAAGAAGAAGAAGAAGACGACGCUGACGCGAUUACUACUACUACAACUACUACUACUUCAACUACUACUGCUGCGAUAACGCUCUUCCUCGUCGACGCGCAAGCAGCAAACAGCAGCAGCGACCGUGCGUGUGUGUGUGUUUGGGCCCCGUGUAUUAUUAUAAUAUAUACACACACACCAUUACAAACUACUUGCUACUGCUAUCUACUGUACUGCUGAGUAGGUGCCCUCGAGUAUCUCUCGUGUGGCCAUUUGCCUACUUCGUAUACAAACGCUACCAACAAAAACUCAACGGGGGUUCUUUCCAACGCACGACGACGGGUUUUAUAUGGUGUUGCUGCUGGAUAAGAAGCCCGAGUCAUUGGCCGCCGCGGAAGGUUAUGCUUGCACAAUGCGUAAUGCCGCUGUAUUGACGGAAAACUCGCAGCCUCGCGAAGCCAUGAACAGUGGUAACAACAACAUCGUGACAGCCAGUGGCAGCCUACGAGACGUCAACUCGCCCGAGGCCGCGGCCGUCGGCAUGAUCAGGCGCAACGUCAUGGAGUCGCCGUCCAACAACAACAGCGUCGUCGUCGUGAGCCCCGGCGGAGCGGGCCCGAUCAAGCCCGUCCAGGCCGCGCAGCAGCAGAACCACAAGCGGCCGGCCGGCGACACGGAGAACGACGGGCCCUACACGUCGUCGAAGAAGAAGCAGAAGACGCCGCAGCCCAAGAACGCCGUGUGCGCGCUCAACGAGCUGAAGACGGGCGCCGUCUACAAGGUCAUCUCGCAGACCGGGCCGACGCACGCGCCCAUCUUCACCAUGGUCGUGCAGGUCGACGGCCAGUGCUACGAGGGCAAGGGCCGCACCAAGAAGAUGGCCAAGCACGCCGCCGCGGAGCUGGCGCUGCGCAACAUCGUGCAGUUCCGCAACUCCUCGGAGGUGCAUCAGGCCAUCAACGCGACGGUGCAGGGUGGCGUCGGCGGCGUGGGCGGCUUCAGCGUCGAGCCCGACUUCACCAGCGACGUCACGGAGAAGGACCUGAUGAACGCGUUCAAGGCCAGUCCCCAAGAGCCCAAGGCCAUGAACAAGUUCAUGGACAAGGGGCCCGUGGCGAUAAUCAACGAGCUCUAUCCCGGGGUGGUGUACAAGUGCGUGGCCGACAACGGCGAGAGCUACGCCAAGUUCACGGUGUCCGUAACGAUCGACGGCGAGAGCUUCGAGGGCACGGGGCCCAGUAAAAAGCUGGCCAAGGCCGCCGCCAGCAAAGCGGCCCUGGCCAAGCUGCGCAACGUGCACAGCUCGUCGUUCCACAUGCCGAUGAUCACCAAGAUGCCGCAGUCCCACAUGAAGUUCGGCAACUGGCAGGAGCAGCUGUCGCUGCCGCAGACGCUCGCCGACAAGAUCGGCAAACUAGUCAAUCAGAAGUUCUCGGAGCUGAUGCAGAACAAGCCCCAGCACGCCCGGCGCAAAGUGCUGGCGGGCAUCGUGCAGACGCAGGGCCAGCAGUGCGACAUCAUCUGCGUCACGACGGGCACCAAGUGCGUCAGCGGCGAGCACCUGAGCGUGAGCGGACGCGCGCUCAACGACUGCCACGCCGAGGUCAUAGCCAGGCGCUGCCUCUGCGAGUACCUCUACAAUCAGCUGAAAUUGCACACGGAGGACAAACAAUCCGAAUCGAUUUUCGAACCCGGACCAAAGGGUUUCAAGCUGAAGGACGGUAUUCAGUUUCACCUGUACAUCAAUACGGCGCCCUGUGGAGACGCGCGGAUCUUCUCGCCGCACGAGGACAGCGACUCCGUCGACAAGCACCCCAACAGGCGGGCCCGGGGCCAGCUGAGAACCAAAAUCGAGUCGGGCGAGGGUACGAUCCCCGUCAAGACCAGUGAAAGUAUUCAGACUUGGGACGGAGUGUUAAUGGGACAAAGAUUGCUCACUAUGUCGUGCUCGGACAAAAUUGCCCGCUGGAAUGUUCUUGGUAUCCAAGGUUCACUUCUCAGCCACUUCAUAGAGCCAAUAUACUUCCACAGCAUCGUUCUCGGAAGUUUAUUGAACCCGAGUCACAUGUACAGAGCUGUUUGUGGCAGAAUAGAAAACACUAUUCAGGGUUUGCCACCGCCUUAUAGACUUAAUAAGCCAUUGAUGAGUCUGAUAACUUCGUCGGAAGUCAGACAGCCCGGCAAAGCUCCUAAUUAUAGUGUUAACUGGACAACUGGACAGUUGGAGGCUGAAAUUAUCAAUUGCACAACGGGAAAGGAUGAAUUGGGAAAACCCUCCAGAAUCUCAAAGCAAGGCUUGUUUGGAAAAUUCCAUUAUUUAUUAAGUCAACUUGAUACAAUCACGGAUGUUGAUAAAACAAUUUGUACAAAUUAUUUGGAUGCCAAAGCAUCGGUUCAAAACUAUGCUUUGGCCAAACAUCAGUUGAAGGAUGCAUUUGCUAGAGCCCAACUAGGUUGUUGGGUGAAGAAACCAAUGGAGCAAGAUAUGUUUGAAGUUAGUGUGUGAUAGGCCUAUUAGUAAAAAAAAACAAACUUUAAGAAAUUCACCUUAAUUAAUCAUAAAACUCGAAAUACUUUUUACGGUUGAUUUUUAGAUUUAUGAAACGAAGAUCUAGAGAAAAAUAGAUCAAGACUUAUAAUGUAGUUUAGUCCAUAGUAAAAUGAAGUAAAAACUUUAUAUCAAAUUUGUUAAUGAAAAAAUGCUGUAGUGAGAAAAAGAAAUGUACUUCCCUGAAGUUACAUGGUAAAUCAAAGUUACCUGUACUUCAUAGUAGUUUAAUGAUUAAGAUGCAAUUUGAAAACUAAGCUCAAUGAAUUCUGUACUCUUUAUCAGAUUACUUUCUAACUUGCACGUUGUCUUAAUAAAAAAAGGAAAAUGAAUUUAGAUUCACAUUUAUGAUCAUUGAAAUAAAGUUAAAAUUAAAUAAUCUUAAAUCUUAAAGUUUCAAUGAUCAAUAUUAUAACCAAAGAAAGUCUCUGUUGCAUAAUAUUGAUAAUUCGCAUUCAUUAGGUAUUUCCAGGUAUUUAGAUUCUUGUAUUUAUCAAUAAAUCUUUUUUGAAAUACCAAUUACCGAUUUCUAAUAAUAUUAGAUCAUUUUCAAUAGAAAGAAGUUUAAAGUUAAUCAUGUAAACUUGAAAUACUCCAUGCAAAUUAGUUACAAAAAUGAAAGAAAAACGCAAAAAAAAAUUUUUUUUUAAAUGAAAUUUACAUUUGUUUGCUUCAUGUAUCAAUGUUGCUUCUUUUAUCAAGUGCAUAAUUAAAUUUGCAUCGCAUGCACAUAAAUUCAAAUAUCAAUCAAAUUUAGGAACUACUAUGUAGAAUAUGUUCGAACAUAAAAAAAAAUUUUAUUUGUUAAAUUGUCGAAAUUUUAUCGAAAUAUAAUUUCGCCGUGGGUUCAAUUGUCUACAAAUUACCAAGAUUUUUUGUUCAUUUACUCGUAAAGUUGUGAUUCUAUAGACAUGCAAUUUUUAAUAAAAACAACAUACCCAUUAGAAAAAAAAA